GUAGAAAGAAAUUAUUUAUAAUUUUCUCCAUUCAAAAUAAAUAAACAGUAGUAGUAAAUUAAUUUGAUUUAUUUUUUAUUAUGAUAAUCUCUGGUUUUUCUGGACCGACCGACCUCGCCCUCUCUCUGUCUCUUUGCGCGUUUGCUUAAUAACCUUCCUCGUCCUUUCUUUCUGCUUCUCUCUUUGAAGAAAUCUAUAAAAUUUCUCCUUAUUUUCUCAGUCUCUGUCUCUUGAUCCUCUGUUUCUGUUUUUGUUUUCUGGGGGUGGGGGAGGGGAUUGGGAGAUGAAGAAAUCGAAAUUAUCGAAGCCAGACAAAUUAGACAGAUUCGACAUGUUCAUUUCAUUAACAAAACAACGAUCGGUUCAGAUUCUAAUCAUCGUUGGUUUAUUAUACAUAAUUUUGGUUACUGUCGAGAUCCCAUUCGUGUUCCAAACCGGGUUCGGUACUUUGUCUCAAGAACCGUUAACUCGGCUUCCCAGACUCGCGAGCGAGGUCGAUGUUCAAGAAAAAGACGCCCCGAGUCGUCCCUUGAAUUGGGUUUCCAAAAACUCACCUUCCCCAACUCAGUUUCAACAUAAUAAGCAACUCAGAAAUCAGUCUGGGAUCGUUUCCAAUUUGUCUUUCGAUGCCCAAACUUUCGACCCGAGUGCCAAAGACGGGUCCUUGGAACUCCAUAAGUCCGCCAAAGAGGCUUGGGAACUUGGGAGAAAGCUAUGGGAAGAGCUCGAAUCAGGGAAAGUUAAAAUUGACUCGAUAAACAAGCCCAAGAAUCCCAAGGAUGGAUCCAAACUGUGUCCGUCUUCGGUUUCUUUAUCGGAGUCGGAGUUUUUGAGCCAUGCCAAGGUCAUGGUGCUUCCCUGCGGGCUUACUUUGGGGUCUCACAUAACGGUGGUGGGGAAACCGAAAGCAGCCCAUGCAGAGACAAAUCCGAGGAUUGCGUUGCUCAAGGAUGGGGAAGAUUCUGUCAUGGUUUCACAGUUUAUGAUGGAAUUGCAGGGGUUGAGGACGGUGGACGGGGAGGAGCCACCGCGGAUUCUUCAUUUUAAUCCGAGGUUGAAAGGGGAUUGGAGUAGGAAACCAGUGAUUGAGCAGAACACUUGUUAUAGGAUGCAAUGGGGAUCUGCUAUGCGGUGUGAAGGGUGGAAUUCUAAGGAUGAAGAUGAGACAGUUGAUGGUCAGGUCAAGUGUGAGAAGUGGAUACGGGAUGAUAACGAUCACUCUGAGGAGUCUAAGGCAACAUGGUGGUUAAGCAGGUUAAUAGGCCGAACAAAAAAGGUGACUGUUGACUGGCCCUUCCCGUUUGCUGAGGGCAAGCUUUUUGUCCUGACUCUUAGUGCUGGUUUGGAGGGAUAUCAUGUUAAUGUUAAUGGGAGGCAUAUUACUUCAUUUCCUUAUCGAACUGGUUAUACCCUUGAGGAUGCCACUGGACUAACUCUGAAUGGGGAUGUUGAUGUCCACUCUGUAUUUGCGGCAUCUUUGCCUACAUCACAUCCUAGUUUUGCUCCUCAAAGGCAUCUUGACAUGUCUGACAGAUGGAAGGCUCCACCACUUUCUGAGCAGCGUGUGGAUCUGUUUAUUGGUAUACUUUCGGCAGGCAAUCAUUUUGCUGAGCGGAUGGCUGUAAGGAAGUCUUGGAUGCAGCACAAACUUGUUAAAUCUUCAAAUGUGGUUGCUCGUUUCUUUGUGGCAAUGCAUGCAAGAAAGGAAGUGAAUGUAGAAUUGAAGAGAGAAGCAGAAUUUUUUGGAGAUAUUAUCAUUGUGCCUUAUAUGGACAACUAUGACCUUGUUGUUUUAAAAACUGUUGCCAUCUGUGAAUAUGGGGUCCGUGUGGUGGCCGCCAAGUAUAUAAUGAAGUGUGAUGAUGACACAUUUGUGAGAGUAGAUGCAGUUAUUAAUGAAGCAAAGAAAGUACAUGAGGAUAGAAGCUUCUAUAUUGGUAACAUCAACUAUUACCACACACCCCUACGCUCUGGUAAAUGGGCAGUAACAUAUGAGGAGUGGCCAGAGGAAGCUUAUCCACCGUACGCAAAUGGACCAGGAUACAUAUUGUCAUCUGACAUAGCUCUCUUCAUCGUGUCCGAGUUUGAAAAACACAAUUUAAGAUUGUUCAAGAUGGAAGAUGUGAGCAUGGGAAUGUGGGUGGAGAAAUUCAACAGCUCCAAACCAGUGGAUUAUCUACACAGCUUGAAGUUCUGCCAGUUUGGAUGCAUAGAAGAUUAUUAUACAGCUCACUACCAGUCCCCAAGACAGAUGAUAUGCCUGUGGGACAAGUUGCAAAAGCAGACUACGCCUCAAUGUUGCAACAUGAGAUAGUGCUUUGUAAUAUUUGGGUGCCACUCUUGCCAUAUCUCGAAUGUAGACAACAGAUUUUGCAGUCAUAGCCUCUAUUGUAUAUUUUUGCUGGAAGUAUUGGGUUAGUUGUAUUUAGGUUGUCUUAA